AUUACCAUAUGAGCAUGUUAUUCUCCGCCUGGUGAGAAGUUGUCAGACUGGGUAGAUUUAGGACAGCGUGUGUUGGCGGCUUGGAUUUUCCGUGCAAUGCCGGGACGUCGUUUCUCUUCCAUCGCUCUGGGAACUCCUCCGCACAGACCGGGGCUUGCUGCUCCGGACAGCAGAGACCACAAACUGCUCACUGCUGUGAGCGGGCUGUCUCGUCAGCUGGCUCGGUUUGCUGCUGAUGUGAAUGAGCAACUAACAGCGGUAAACGCAAAACUGCACUCCAUAGACGAGAGGAUGACCGCUUUAGAAGAAGUAGUGAACUCCCGCGCUUGUGUGGAGGAGAAGAGGAAAAGACGGGCGCACAAUCCCAAGAUUGCGGAGGCGGUGCGUCGUUUUCAUAACGCCAAGGGAAAUCGCAAGCGCUACAAUCCUGAAGAAGGACUGAGCUCGCCUCACAAUGAGGCAGUCACGUCUCAUUUGGUCCAAGCUCUGGCUGAAAGUCCGGAUUUGCACAGCGUGGCUAGAGAUGCCAUUCUCUCUGCCUGUAAAACAUACUAUGAGACCAUACGCAGGAAUUUCCGCUACAGCCAGCCGGACCUUGCAGCCCAGGCUGAAGCCAUGAAGACUGCAGCCCGCAGCCGUCAGAGGAGGAAAAGGCUGCUGGAAGCCAGGCAGGGAGUCCUCAGUGCAGAUGAACUGGACUUCUGGAGGGGUGUAACAAUUGAUAUGAUGUCCGAUGAGGAGGAUGGCGCUGUUGAGGGGGUGGCUGGGUGGAUUGUUAGGCCUCCUUCCUUUCGAAGCAAAGAACUCACUGAUCUGUGUGCGACUCUUCAGGCUAGAUUGGAAGCUAAUCCAAAAUACACAGCUACACAUCACAGACGUCUGCAUAUUGGACCAGAUUCAGACAGAAAUCCUCCAAACGCAUACGACCCAGACGCAGCAAAGAAACAUUUCAAAGAGCAUCUUAUCCCCAAGAGAGCUAUGAAUCAUCACAACUUUGAGAACAACUGCACUAGUUACAAAGCUGAAGAACUACUGAGCUCGCCCGAUGACACAGACAUGUCUCCUCUGGACGAAGCUCUAGCUGAAAGUCCAGAACAUCACAGCGUGGAUAAUGAGAUCCUCCGUGUGACUGUGGCCUAAUGAAACGAAUUAAAUCUCUGACCGAAUGUCACCUCAAGUCAAUCUCCACACUACCACUGACCUGUAUACACACAUCAGGCGAGACUAGAAACUAAUCCUAAGUGCACAUCUGCAUAUUGGACCACGUUUGGACAGAAUGUUACCAUACACAUAAAACUCAGAAGCAGCAAAUGACAUUUUGAUGCUCCAGGUAGGGGCAAUAUUUUGGAGGUUUUUCUAAACGUAUUUAUACCAAACAUUAUAUUUUAUAUUGUACACUUUAUCCUUGGUCUCUUAUAACUGUCUCAGACUACAUAAAUGACUGACUGACGGAUGAGAUUAGGCAGUUAUAAAAUCAUACAAUCUUGGCUUUUCCAGUCAAGAGUUUAUCAAAGUUUUGAUCAGUGGUUGCCAGUUUAGAGUUCUAGUCAGUGACUUAACCUUAAUGAUUUGGGGCCAUCAAGGAUACGUUGCUGACUAGAACAGCAGAGCUGAUAUUAAAAGGAAAUGCUCUCUUGAACUGGCCCUGAGGCUCUCUAUCACAGUAUGACAUGAAGCUGAUGUACAGCGGUCCAUUCUUUCCUUUUAGCGCCUCAAUUUUUCCUCUCAGGAGAUCAUGAAGCCUCUGAGAUACAGCAGUAGUUUUCUUUUCACAGUUGACAUAGGAUGACAGGCAAGUCCAUUACAAAGCUGCGGGAAAUCAAUGUCUUUCCAAACCUGCUGCCAGUUUGAAAUUAACCCGACAAACAUAUUGUUGGGUUCCGGAAAAUCGUGAAGAAACAGAAGGAACCAGCAGGAUUUAACCAAGAACUUUGUGGCAAUGUUCAGGCAUCAACAUGGUUCAAUGGUGGUCACAUCCUAGAGACCGCUAUGAGGACUGCUGUCUACAUGUUGUAGCUGAUUAUGGUCAUACAUGACGGGCCUGUGGACUACUCUUGUUAGUGCUGUUAUUGCCAGCAGCAGAGAAGAGCAAAGUUAAAACAUAGAAAGAGCAGAAGUGAAAUAGUGUCUAUUGUGUCUGUUCUUUUCAUGCUUUAUGUUUUUGAUAUGUCUCUCACGCUACUCUCGUUUGUGGUGAACACCACUGUUCCAGACCACUUUUCAACCAGUCAACGUUCAAUUACAUGGAGGGUCCAUGGAGGACUGCACAUAUUCAUGUUUGCAAUAGUUGCAUACCCCUUUCCCUAGUCAAAUACCUAAACGCAGUAACAUAAAACAGGUUUUUAACUGCUGCACCACUGUGCCACUCCAUGAAACAAACAAAGUGAGAUAAUGUGAGUGAGUGCACCUGCAUCAUGGUUUUAAUUGACUGUUGUUUUAAGUUUUAUGCUUGCCUAUUUAUUCAAGUUGACUUUGCUCUUUAUUGUGUUUUCGCACGCGUGUGUGUGUGUGUGUAUGAGAUCAUUUUGAUGGUGCUAUAAAAAUAUACUUUAUUAUUACUAACUGA